ACUUUCGCUUUUCAUACCGAUCGUCAAACAAGGCUUUCGCUUUACAUACCGAUCGUCAACCAAGGCUUUCGCUCUUCAUACCGAUCGUCAACCAGGCUUUCGCUCUUCAUACCGAUCGCCAACCAGGCUCUCGCCCGACAAGUGAGAACAAUGGCGCAAGGGGUACGUACUGUGUUAGCGCGUUCGACAUCGAGUAGCCGCAAGUGUGUGUCAUGCCCGUAUCUGAUCCGGUCGAGUCCCAGAGCUGCAGCAACAACAAAGCAGCCUGUGAGAACUGGCAGCAAGGGGGUUUUAUUGCAUUGCAGCGACACGGACGAGAUACAAGCGUCGCAACGUGUGCGCGAUCGGAUCAAAUCCCUAACGAUUAUUCUCCAAGGAGCAGUACGCCGUGACCAUGCCAUUCUAGCCCCUCACAACGGCGAUGCGUCGCCGCCGCCGUCAGUCGCCCGUGCUCACAGUCGAAAGACCACCACCAGGAACAGAUUCAUGUAAAGUAAGCUCAAAUCGAAAUGGACCCCCUUCGACAAGUAC